CCCAAGGCCUUCACGCCAUACCCCAACUUCGCGCUAGACAUAUCUAGAGAGUGUCUGUCCCCACCGCACCGCACUGCACCGCUCGUCCUUCGUCCUUCGGCCUUCGGCGAGAGACUCCUGCACGACUAUUCGUCGGAUUUACGCUCGACGCAAUACAUACCGUACACCCCCGACGAAGAGUAUAGCCACAUAAACCUUCCUCGUUCCAUUCACCCUUCCAUACUACUAUACCCCCCCCUCACCCCACCCGGUCAACCACCACCACCAACACCAAUACCCCCAACACCACCACCACUACUCGCGCAUCCAACCCGCACACACACACGAAUACGCAAGCUACAACACCGUCCUUUCUUUCUGGAGCUACACGGCAGGGUAGAGCUCUACCGUCUGGGAUGGAAGGCUGGCUUCAGGUGCCGCCGGGCGAACGAAACAUUAAUUUGAUCGGGCGCGCCGGGUGGAAGCAACGCUAUGUCCGCUUCAGCAACGGGAUGAGUGCCUCGAAGGCGUCGACUUCCGCGGCAUCGCCUGGCCGUCCCACCACUGCUGGCAGUACGACAACCGUCGACACCGUUCGUGCGACGAAGAGCGGAUUGGAGCGGAGCAAUUCGACGCAUCAGGUUUCGGCGCUGGCUGCGGAUGUUGCGAAGGAUAAUUGGAGCCUGGCUGUUUACAAAACAAAGACCGAUUCCGAGCCGAUCGCGAGAUACCCGAUACAACGGAUUGCCUCGUGCUAUAUUGGCGACGUCGCGGCGAAUAAGAAGAAGUCGCUCAUCAUGCCGACACUCGUCGUCAAUCUCCGAAGCGCCGAAAACCCGCAAAACCACUUUCCCUCGGCGUCCUCGUCGUCCUCGUCGUCGCGCGCGUUUCGUCGGAGAAGCCACGACAUGCCGCCGAAAGAUCCGACGCGGAAGGAGGGGUCGGGGACUACGAUAUUAUUUAGGCCCGGCGCGGAAGAACCGUAUUGUCUGGAGAGGUGGGCACGAGAGAUACAGUCUCGAUUGAUACUCGGGCCACCACCGGUACGCACAAACACCGUAGACAGCAUAUUGCGUGAAGGGUUCCAAGAAAAUGAAUAUGACACUCCAACGCCGUCGCCGUCGUCAUUAUUUUUGAUUAACGGCGAGCCCAACACGGCGCUGUUGAGCCCGUCCAUCCGCUCGAAGACUAGUAAUCUCUCGAGUUUGGAUUCGGACGAUAGAUCCAGUAUGAUCAGUUUGGCGUCGGAUACUAUAGGCUCACCCAGUUCGAUUGACGACCGUCGGCCGCAAACCGCGACGAGUGAGUCGGUGCGCCCGCCUUUGGGCUCGCGACACUCGUCGUCUCGGAAAGGUUCCGCUGCCACCGACAUCACUACCCCUAUCAAAGAGUACCGACCAGGAGAAGCGGAGGGGCCGGCUCCUGGCCGUCGGGAAACAAUUCUCGACCGCUUCUUCUCCAGCGGCCAUGCAAGCCCGUCCCCGAAACUCGACGGAGACGUACCGAUCUCGUCGAUAGCGCGGUUCGAGGCGUUGAUGAACGAGCUCGAGGCAGGGCGUGGUGGCGAGCCGAUAGUGCACCCGUCCGCACCGCGAACCAUGAGUUCCGACCGACCUCGACGAAUACCCUCCCCCACGCAGCGUGCUCUCGAAUACGUCUCCACCGGCCAGAUACGUAACCGGCGGCGAGGAGAGGAUGACAGAGAAUCGGUGUCCGAAGACCGCAUAUCACGUGCUUACAUCACCUCCCCUGCCGCCUGCGCCUUCCAGAUCUCCUCUGACCGCAGCGAUAGCGACAACGACACACUCCACACCACGAUUUCCUCCACCAGCACGGCCAGCAUCCACAACACCAACAACAAAAACGAGCCAUCAUCAGCCGCCUCGACCCUCGUCCCCCCAAGCCAGGGAAAACGCCACUCCCUCGCAGACUUCUCGCUGAAGCGUCUCUCGACUCCGCCGAUCUUUGGCAAAACGUCCAGCGGAGGAGGAGGCAUCAGACGCGGGAGCUACGGCGAUCUGACGAAACUGGCCGAAGGCGGCGAGGGCGAGGACGGCUUCGAGAGCGGCCCGGAAUUUGGCACCAAGGGUGCUACUCACCUCGGCGUCGGAAGGUCGCUGUUUCGAGAGUUUUCGUUCUGAUCUGACCUGAGAGCUGCUUCUGCUUCUACUCGGCUCGGCUGCGGCUGCGGCAGUAGCAUGCAUGCCACCGGUUGGAUGUGCUGUGCUGUGCUUACAUUACUUGCGUGCCUGAGCGCGGAGCGGGGAGCGGGAUAAUUGCCUAUGUACCCGGGCUUUCUUUGGGGGAUGGAUGGAGUUACGGUUUAUUUGCUUAUAUCCGGAUGCGGAGGCUUCAGUAUCCAAGUACUUGGGGGUUGGUUCUG